GUCAAAUAAGCUGUCAAACUUAUACAACACGAGUGACCCGCAGAACACGACGAAGAAGACGAAAAAAAGUGAUUGUGAAUCCUGUGAGUGGAGUUAAAAUAGUGAAUAAAGAUAAAAAUAAUUGCAAAUUAUUCAAGAUUUUUGUGGAAAUCUUUCAACCAAUUGGCCAACAAAUUCAGGACAGAGCCGUUCUGCAUUCCUCACUGCUAAAGACAGUCAAAAAUGUUUACAGUAAACACACAUCAGCACCAACUGCUAUUUCACCUGUCACAGUUUACUCCGCGCCACAGCAAUAUCGCGCUCAAGAAGCAAUCCAAACAUCCGUCUACCAAUCAGCAGUCUGGAAAGGAAGCGGCCUUCUUGGCACAGCAAGAUUAUGUUCCCCGACUGAAGCAAUCAUUGGUUAAAUUCUAUGUGGACAGCUUCCGGCAGACGGUUGAGCAACCGUUGGCAGCCCCUCUUCCCAAACCGGAUACAGCCAGUUUAUUCGAACUGAAACUACCUCGUCGGAUUGAACGCAGUUUACUGAAGCACUUUAGUAACAUUCGUGUGGUUGCUAGUGAUCGUGAGGAUAUUCCGUGGAGUUUGAAACUUACACCCAAGGUUCGCAAGGGAAAGACUGGCAGGCAGCAACCAGAAACGGUGUUUUUCAACGGACAUAUGGUCCAGAACAUCGUGAAGAACUUGCUUGCACAGCCGAAUGGGGCCGCAUUCGUGCAACAACGGGGCUUCAAGACUGUACGGUCAAUCAGUGCAGAAAUGAAGCGUAAUCCUGGCCUUUUCACCAGAGUCAAGGACACGUUAGCUGCCCCGGCACCGCCCCAAAUAUCCCACAAGUAUGAACCCGUACCAUUCAACGCACAGACGAUUACACCUCAGCAGUAUAGCGAACCACUGAAUAAACUGUUGAGUGAUGUUAAUGAUCCUACAAUAACGGAAGAACAUAAACAACGAUUGAAGAUUGCGUUCGCCGAAGGCUAUCUAACUGCCACCCAUCCCGAUCAUGCUAACCGCUCGGGGAAAGCUAUGCGUUAUCUCAAGGUUCUCCAGCAGCUGUUGAUUAUCGUCGUGUUCAUUGGAAUCUUCGUUAGCCUGUUUGUUUCGACCAACGGGUCCGUUUUUAGUAGAAUACAAAUAGGCAACCAGGUAGAGGUGGAUCCCGAAGACAUAUCGGUAACAUUUGAAGAUGUCAAAGGUUGCGACGAAGCGAAGCAGGAGCUGAAGGAGGUUGUCGAGUUUUUAAAAAAUCCAGAUAAAUUCAGUAAUUUGGGUGGUAAGCUACCCAAAGGUGUGCUGCUGGUGGGUCCACCGGGUACUGGAAAGACCUUAUUGGCCAGAGCGGUAGCCGGCGAAGCCGGAGUUCCUUUUUUCCACGCUGCUGGACCAGAGUUUGAUGAAGUUCUUGUCGGUCAAGGUGCCCGACGGGUGCGAGAUUUGUUCAAAGCUGCCAAGGAACGAGCUCCUUGUGUAAUUUUUAUCGAUGAAAUCGAUUCUGUCGGCGCCAAACGUACCAACUCUGUACUGCAUCCUUAUGCCAAUCAAACCAUCAAUCAGCUACUGUCCGAGAUGGAUGGGUUCCAACAAAACGAGGGAGUUAUUGUUUUGGGAGCUACCAACCGACGGGACGAUCUCGAUCAAGCUCUGCUGAGGCCGGGCCGUUUCGAUGUAGAAGUUGUUGUUCCCACACCAGACUUCACAGGACGAAAAGAGAUACUUACACAUUAUCUGAGCAAAAUUUUGAGCAAGGAAAUCAACGUUGACCAACUGGCGAGAGGAACAACUGGCUUUACAGGAGCCGACAUAGAGAAUAUGGUCAAUCAGGCUGCUUUGAGAGCCGCAAUUGACGGGGCAGAUGUUGUUUCCAUGAAGCACCUGGAGAACGCCAGAGAUAAGGUACUUAUGGGACCGGAGCGAAAAUCUCGCCUGCCGGAUGAGGAAGCAAAUAAGAUUACGGCCUACCAUGAAGGUGGCCAUGCGAUUGUUGCUUACUACACGAAGGAAUCACAUCCUUUGCACAAAGUAACGAUCAUGCCCCGAGGUCCAUCACUAGGACAUACUGCUUAUAUUCCGGAAAAGGAACGCUAUCACGUCACCAAGCAGCAGCUGCUGGCCAUGAUGGACACCAUGAUGGGUGGUCGAGCGGCAGAGGAAUUAAUUUUUGGAGCAGACAAAAUCACCUCCGGAGCCAGCAGUGAUCUGAAACAGGCUACAUCAAUCGCUUCGCAUAUGGUCCGUGAUUGGGGUAUGUCUGAUAAAGUUGGCCUACGAACCAUUGAAACGUCCAAAGGAUUUGGUGCCCCUUCGGAGAUGCUCUCUCCGUCAACCGUGGAAGGAGUGGAUAGUGAAAUUAAAAAAAUUCUUAGCGAAAGUUACGAACGGGCGAAAACGAUCCUGAAGCAGCAUGCCAAGGAACAUAAGGCACUGGCAGAGGCGUUGCUCAAGUACGAAACGCUCGACGCAGAGGACAUCAAAGCCAUAUUAGGCGGAGAAAAGUUGCCUGCCGAGGAACAUCGAUUGGGUUGAGUGGAAAGUUUGAAAACUUAAUUUUUAAUUUCAAUCAAUGUUAUUCCUUGCAAAAUGUAAAUUAGUGGAUGAUUGAAAAUUGUGUUGAAGUUGCGCUAAAGUAGCAUGAUAAAUAAUACACACAUUGGUAGGCUUAAUCAGCAAGUAAAUCUAUUAGGAUAUUCGCUAGAUAAUUCACCACUCCACCUAUGAUGAAAAUGAUUCUAUUACAGCUAUAAAAAAUGCUACACUUAAACAGGACUGAAAAAGAUAACGGAGUAAAUAGUAUAAACAUGCUACAAAUUGUUGAAAAUAGUUUUGAUUAAGGAAAAUAUUUUUUCCCAUCAGGCAUUCACAUGAAUUUGGAAUGAAUCCUCGUUUUAUUUCGCAUCUGUUGCAUUUUGCAAGUUCGUAAAAUCAUUUCUGGUCAUGCUUCCUUAAAGAAAAUGAAACGUACCUAUAUUGGUAUUGCAAAUAGAUCUUCAUAAGACAAGAAUGGUCAACAUUGGCGAGCUCCUGUUAGGCCAUAUUCAUUUUUUCCAAAAUAAAAACAAAAUUGUUAAUCACCCAA